AUUGCCCUAACUCUUAUUUUCAAUCACAACACCAAAAACGAUGUUGUCCAAAAUUUUAUUGCCCCUCAUUUGUCUAAUGAGUGUAACCUUAAUUAUUCCCUUACAUGCCCAAGACUCACCUCAAGACUACGUGAAUGCCCAUAACACAGCUCGAGCGGCCGUGGGAGUUGGUCCGGUGACUUGGGAUAACACGGUGGCGGCCUAUGCAAGAAAUUACGCUAAUCAACACAUUGGCGACUGUAGACUUGUACAUUCAGGCGGACCUUAUGGCGAGAACCUAGCAGGGAGCAGUGGUGACCUUUCAGGAACCGCGGCUGUGAAACUGUGGGUUGAUGAAAAGGCGUUUUACGACUAUAACUCUAAUACUUGUGCUGCCGGAAAGGUGUGUGGGCAUUACACUCAGGUGGUUUGGCGUAACUCAGUUCGCAUAGGAUGUGCUAAGGUGAAGUGCAACAAUGGAGGAACUUUCAUUACCUGCAACUAUGACCCUCCUGGCAACUACGUUGGACAGCGUCCUUAUUAGAUUGAAGUAUUACCUUAAAGUUUUAACUUUUUAAGAAUAAAUUAUAUAUCAUAUAAUGAAAUAAGAAACAUUGUAAAGGGUUGAGAUUUCCUAUGCAAUGUCUCAAUUUAAGUUGCAAUGUGGAGAAUUAAUAUGACAAGUUGAAAAACUACUUGUAGUUCA